GGUCGGAAGCGUUGGAGAACAGCAUGCACUCGUCGCGCUUGGCUUUUUCUUCUUUGCAGACGCAGCAGGGCUAUGAUUCGAAUGGUCAGAAACAGAGGUCUUUAACAAGUUUCUUCUCGUCGCAGCCCAAGUCGAAACCGCAGUCUCCCGCUGCCUCACGAGAACCUCGCACACCCUCCGAAACUUCUCUGCCAGGCAGCGCCCGGAAGCGACCCCUUGAAGAAGAUGCUGACAGGGUCAACAAGCCGGCAAAACGGUCUAAAGGGAGGACGGAUGAAGAAGCGGACGUGCAAGAAGCCAAUCCAUUGUCCUCCCCUGCAUCAAAUCGACGGGCUGCCGCUGGCCAUUCCACUCUUCCGAGCAUACCGUCAUCCUCAAGGACUGAACGGUAUCUAUAUGAAGAACCAGGCUCAUCCAAUCCGUUACCGGUAGAAGAAGAAGAAGAAGAGGAAGGUGGCACGUUAUCCAAGAAAAGGAAAGAAGAGUUGCAUAAAAAAUUCGUGAAGAAACUCGGCCACCCUGACAGCAUGCAGCUCCGAGGGGGCCGCUGGAACGGCGACGGGGAAGCUGUUGCCGCAGGGGUAGGGGAGGACGAAGAUGGCGGCGAAGAUGACGACGACGAGCCCAACCCCCCACCGAAGCCGACCAGGAAGACAGGCGGCGGUGCGAGCGCGAAGGCUGGCAAGAAGCUCACCCCCAUGGAACUCCAGUUCCUCGAGAUCAAAAGGAAGCAUCUCGACACCAUCCUGAUCGUCGAGGUGGGCUAUAAGUUCCGGUUCUUCGGCGAAGACGCCCGUAUCGCUUCCAAGGAGCUCGGCAUUGUCUGUAUCCCCGGCAAAUACCGCUAUGAUGAGCACCCGUCGGAAGCGCAUUGGGAUCGUUUCGCCUCGGCCAGCAUUCCCGUCCACCGCCUCUCUGUUCACGCGAAACGCCUCGUUGCUGCCGGCCACAAGGUUGGCGUCGUCCGCCAGAUUGAGACGGCCGCCCUCAAGAAAGCUGGCGACAACCGAAACGCGCCCUUCAUCCGUAAACUCACCAACGUCUACACCAAGGGCACCUACAUCGACGAGACGGGCGACCUCGACAUGAACGCUGAAGGAGGUGGCCCCUCUGGCGGCUAUCUUCUCUGCAUCACCGAGACGCCUUCCAAGGGCCACGGUACGGAUGAGAAGGUCCAAGUUGGUAUCGUGGCCGUGCAGCCGGCGACCGGUGACAUUAUCUACGAUAAUUUCGAAGAUGGCUUCAUGCGUAGCGAGAUUGAAACGCGUCUCCUUCACAUCUCGCCCUGUGAGUUCGUCAUCGUCGGCGACCUGACGAAAGGGACCGAUAAGAUGAUCCAGCACCUUGCUGGAAGCAGCACCAACGUCUUUGGCGACCGAAGUCGUGUCGAGCGUGUUCCUCGCUCAAAGACCAUGGCCGCCGAGGCCUACUCGCACGUCACACAGUUCUACGCCGGCAAACUAAAGGGCGACAAAGCCGUGUCACACGGCGACGCCGACGCUGACGCUGACGCCGACGAAGACAAGAACGACAGAGCCGGUCUUCUCCUUGACAAGGUGCUGCAUCUUCCUGAAUCCGUCACCAUCUGUCUCUCGGCCAUGAUCAAUCACCUCACGGAGUAUGGCCUGCAGCACAUCUUCGACCUGACCAAGUACUUCCAGAGCUUCACCACCAGGCAACACAUGCUGAUCAACGGUUCCACCCUCGAGAGCCUCGAAGUCUACCGCAACGCCACCGACCAUGCCGAGCGCGGCAGUCUCUUCUGGGCACUCGACAAGACCACCACGCGCUUCGGUCAGCGUCUCCUUCGUCGCUGGGUCGGCAGGCCGCUCCUCGAUAAGGACCGGCUCGAGGACCGUGUUGACGCCGUCGACGAGCUCGCCCGCGGCCAGUCCACCGCCCACGUCGACAAGCUCGAAACCCUGCUGGCCGGCAUCAAGACAGACCUCGAACGAAGUCUCAUCCGCAUCUACUACGGAAAGUGCUCGCGCCCGGAGCUCCUCGCCGUCCUGCAGACCCUCCAACGCAUCGCCUCGCAGUACGUCGCCGUCAAGUCCGCCAAAGACACGGGCUUCGAAUCCCGCCUCCUGACCGACGCCAUCCUGGCCCUGCCGCGCAUCCUCGAACCCAUCAUCACCUUCCUCGACAAGAUCAACGCCGACGCCGCCCGCCGGGACGACAAAUACAACUUCUUCCGCGAGGCCGAGCAGAACGACGACAUCCAGGACCACAAGAUGGGCAUUAUCUCGGUCGAGCAGGAACUCGACGCCCACCGCCGCGACGCCACCGCCAAGCUCGGUCGCUCCAAACCCGUCGACUACACCACCGUCGCCGGCAUCGAGUACCUCGUCGAGGUGCCCAACACCGACCUCAAGCGCGUGCCCGCCUCGUGGGCCAAGGUUUCCGGCACCAAGAAAGUCUCCCGCUUCCACACCCCGGAGGUUAUCCGCCUCCUCGCCGAGCGCGACCAGCACCGCGAAGCCCUCGCGGCCGCCUGCGACGCCGCCUUCGCCGCCCUCCUCCGCUCCCUUGCAACAGACGCCUAUCAGCCCCUCCGCGACGCCGUCGCCUCCCUCGCCUCCCUCGACUGUCUCCUCUCCCUCUCCCGCGUCGCCCGCCUGCCGGGCUAUACUCGCCCCACCUUCCUCCCUCCCUCCGCCCCGCCCCAAAUCUCCAUCACCGCCGGCCGCCACCCCAUAGCCGACCACACCCUCGCGGGGGGGUACAUUCCCUUCUCGGCUUCCCUCGCCUCCCCUAGCCCAUUAGCCUACCUGAUCACCGGCCCGAACAUGGGCGGCAAGUCCUCCUUCGUCCGCGCCCUCGCCCUCCUCGCCCUCCUCGCCCAGAUCGGCUCCUUCGUCCCCGCCGCCUCCCUCACCCUGACCCUCGUCGACGGCAUCCACGCCCGCAUGGGCGCCCGCGACAAUCUGUUCGCCGGCGAAUCCACCUUCGCCCUCGAGCUCUCCGAGACGGCCCGCAUCCUCCGCGCCGCCACCCCGCGCUCCCUCGUCCUCCUCGACGAGCUCGGCCGCGGCACCAGCACCCACGACGGCGCCGCCAUCGCCCACGCCGUCCUCCACCACAUCGUCCGCGAGACCCGCUGCCUCACCCUCUUCAUCACCCACUACCAGGACCUCGCCCGCGUCGCCGACGGUUUCGGCAACGCUGCUACUUCGACUUCUUCCCUUUCAGAGAACCGAGAUGAUGGCAAUCGCCGCGGCGGCGCCCUCGUCAAGAACGUCCACAUGCGCUUCACCGCCACCAAGACGACGAGCCAAGGCAGCGAGGACGAGGGGAGCGAGCCCGAAAACAUCGACAGCCGUCACAUGGGCAACGACGGCGAGGAAGCAGAAGGGGACGAAGAAGCGUCCUCUGCAGACGAAGAGAUUACCUUCCUCUAUGAGGUCGGUGAGGGCGUGGCGCACCGUUCCUACGGUCUCAACGUCGCGCGCCUCGCUCGCAUUCCGAGGAAAGCCAUUAACCUGGCGGCCCGCAAAUCCAGCGAGAUGGAAUGGGACAUGAAACUUCGAAGGUUACGGGGCACGGCACACUUCCUCUCCCAGGUCGUCAUAUCCGAAGAUCCGUUGAGCGCCGCCGACCAGCUUGAGCACCUCAUAUCUAGUAUUGAGCAACUCUAGCUGGAGAUUUCUGUUUACGCCGUUCUGCUCAAAGUGCCUCCAUGUCAUAGCUGGUUAAGUCACGGAACAGAGCCAUUGUGGAAUUAUAUAAACCCAUGUAUUUUUACCCGGCCUGGGGGCAUGUAAUCUAAGUUACCAAGGCGAAUUAAUACUUCUGGAAGAAGUGAACUACCUAAUACAGACCUCCUUGCUCU